AUGAGCGGCCCCUGCCUGGGGCUGCGCAGGGCCGGGGUCCUGCUGUCCCUGGGCGCCGCCGCGCUCCUGCUGCUGCUGCUGCCGCGGGGGCAGCGCCCGCCCGCGCCCCGCGCCCCGCCCGCCGCCGGGCCCAGCGCCGCCCCGCCGCACCGGCCGGGCCCUGCGGGCUCUAGCGGGCCCGGCGCGGGCGGCCGUGGCCGAGGCCUCGUGGGCAGCCCGCAGCCUGCGCGCAGGGGCCGCCCCGGCGCUGCCGCGGGCCCUGCCAGGGAGGCGCUGGAGCUGAAGGAUAUCUUCAUCGCGGUGAAGACCACGAGGAAGUACCACAAGAGCCGGCUGGACUUGCUCCUCCAAACCUGGAUCUCCCAGGCGCGGGGACAGACAUUUAUAUUCACAGACUGGGAGGAUCAGGAGCUACGCCUGAAAGCAGGGGAUCAUAUGAUCAACACCAACUGUUCUGCUGUCCAUACUCGGCAAGCUCUCUGCUGCAAGAUGUCUGUGGAAUAUGAUAAAUUCCUGGAAUCUGGGCAAAAAUGGUUUUGCCAUGUGGACGAUGACAACUAUGUGAACCCUCGGACUCUCCUGCAUCUCCUGUCUGCCUUCUCACACAGCCAGGAUGUCUAUGUGGGGCGACCGAGUCUAGACCAUCCCAUCGAAGCAGCUGAUCAUGUCCAAAGUGAUGGAUCAAAGACAACCGUGAAAUUCUGGUUUGCCACAGGUGGAGCAGGGUUCUGUAUCAGCAGAGGUCUUGCCUUGAAGAUGAGUCCCUGGGCCAGCCUGGGCAACUUCAUCAGUACUGCGGAAAGGGUGCGUCUUCCCGACGACUGCACCAUUGGCUACAUCAUUGAAGGGCUGCUGGAGGUAAAGCUGCUGCACAGCCCGUUGUUCCAUUCCCACCUGGAAAAUCUGCAGAGACUACAAGGCGAGUCUGUGUUGCAGCAGGUAACCUUGAGUUACGGGGACCCUGAGAACAAACACAAUGUUGUGAGUGUGGGAGGAGUGUUUGGCCUUCAGCAAGAUCCAACCCGGUUUAAAUCUGUCCAUUGUCUGCUUUAUCCUGACACUGUUUGGUGCCCUGCUAAGAAGAUGUCAUAAUUCUUGACCAGCCACUGACACCUGUAUAUUACCUAGUUUGCAGGAGUUGUGGUGGACUUUUUUGGUGGUUUUAUUCUUCUUCUGGGAGACAACCAGUGUUAUCUACAAAGGAGAUAGACAGACUAUUUAGAAAAGCAAUAAGGUGUGGUUUGUUCAGCUGCAGCAUGGAACGUUCCAAGAAGAAUCUUUGUUCUUUUGUACGGUGGUUUUUCGUAAGAUGACCACAGUGCUGUGUGUACAAGUCACUUUACACUUUCUUCUGAUGUCAUGUGAACCUGUGCUUGGGUACAUCUGAGGCAAAUGCAGUACUGGGAGUGAGACCCUUCUUACUGCCCUUAGGGGCUUUUAGAAGCCAUUGUCUUGAAGCUGGAGUGCUAGAGCAGUCUGUAGUCCCCAUGGUGACAAGAGAGGGGAAGUUUUCACUCAUCUUUCUUGGGAACAGAAUUAUUUAAGAGCUUCUUUGGCCUGCUAGAUCAAAACUCCACCUGUGGGCCAGAAUAGGGUCUGUUCUUAAAUACAGAAAUCCUGGAAUCACUAAGGUAAACAAGGCUGAAAGCCCUUGUAAUGAGAAAACUCUGUGUAAGGGUAAGCUUACUCAGGACUGGAUAAGAGUUGCUUACAGUGCACAUCCUCCCCUGUUGUCCAUGUGUACC